UUCUGCUAAAAUAAUUUUAAAAAGUCAGUCUGUUGUGCCCGGUGUUUUCCCGCCGGGUUUCGAGGGGGCGCUCUGACGGCACGUCUGUGUUAAAAAGACGUCACCAAAGAAGAAACAUUGGCAGCGGCGCUUCAGAUUUUGAAUGGCGGCGUCUUCAUCCUCCUCAUCAGCAGGAGGUGUGAGUGGCAGCUCAGUAACCGGAUCAGGCUUCAGUGCUUCUGAGCUGAUCCCACCCAGGAAAGUUCUGUACACUUAUCCUAAAGGAGCCGGUGAGAUGAUGGAGGAUGGAUCUGAUAGGUUUUUGUGUGAGUCUGUGUUCAGCUAUCAAGUUGCAUCCACACUGAAGCAGGUUAAACAUGAUCAGCAGGUUUCCAGGAUGGAGCGUCUAGCUGGGCUGGUGGAGCAAUUGGAGGCAGAUGAGUGGAAAUAUAAACCCAUCGAGCAGCUCCUGGGAUUCACAACUUCGUAACUGCUGUAGGCAGACAUACUCGCAUGCUCACACAUAGCUAAACAUUUUUUUUGUGUGUAUUUUUGUUAUUGUGAAUUACUAUUUUAAAUGACAUUGUAGAUACAGUGUUUUGCACUAAUGUAAUAAGCGUGAAUAUUUCAAUCAUGCAUUUGGUUUGUAAAUUUGCAUUUUGUUUUAGGUAAAGCCUCAAUUGUGCAAAUGUCUUAGCUGAAUAAAUGUUAAAUAAAACUUUUUUUUUUUUAAAGCAAA